AUGUUAAAGAAAGAAGAAGAAAAGAAAGAAGAAGAGAAGAAGGAGGAGAAAGAGAAGGAUGAGAAGAAGGAUGAGGAGAAGAAGAGUGAUAAAGAAGAAGAGUUGAAAGAAGAAAGAAAGAAAUUGGAAGCUCUUAAACCGAAACAAAUUAAGCGCAAUGAAAAAGAGGAGCGCAUCGCACAAGGAAAAGAAGUUCGAAACAAAGGAGACUAUCCCACUUUUAAUGAUGUGGAAAGUGACUGGGAUUCGGCUAAGGAUGUUAAAGAGAAAGGAGCGAAGGAAGAGGAGAAAAAGGAGUCAGAACAGAAAGUUGUUGAACAAAAAGAUGAGGGAAAGGAAAGUAAAGUAGGAGAGAAAGAAGGGGAGGAAAAGAAAGAAGAGAAGAAGGACGGUAAGGAAGAGAAAAAGGAGGAAGUUAAGAAAGACGAGGCUGUGAAGGAUGAAAAGAAAGUUGAACCAAAAACGAAGCCAACACAAUCGGGAGGAACCCCGAAAAAUGGUAAUGAUAAAGAUACAGCGCAGAAAACGGCAGUUCCAUCAAAGAGUGGUGAGUUACAGUAAAA